CCUUGCACGCCAGUGCUCGUGGCAACGGUGGUGAUGUUUUCAAUCAUGUUCACCAUGUCAACGGCCUCCCUCGCAAUUCGCUACGUCACCAGCGCUUUCCUCAUCAAGAAACUAGAACCCGAUGUCGUAUUAAUCACGAUUGCCUGGUUAAUGGCUCUGGCCAACUUUCUCUCCGCUCUCUUCUGUAUACCGCACGGGUGGGGCCAACAUGCUUGGAAUGUUACAAUUCAAGACGCAACAAAAUUGAAUAGAUAUCUACUACCAAUCAUGAUAACAUAUGUCUGGUGCCCGGUGCUAACCAGACUGGCCAUCCUCUCCGUUCUAUACCGCAUCGACCCAUCUAGAUGGUUCCGCAUAUCUGCAUAUGCUAUCGCUUUUGCAGUCGUGGUGUAUUCGGUAACGUUCACAGUCUUGCUCAGCGGUCCUUGCAAUCCCAUUAAUGCCGGAGCCAACAAUUGUUUGAUCAAUCUUGGCCUCGCUCAAGUGUUGCUAAGCAUAUUUUCGGACGUAGCUGUCAUCAUCUUGCCUAUUCCCACGUUGUGGAAACUUCAAAUGCCGUUCAGGAAGAAGAUGUUGACAGGGGGGAUACUGACUCUUGGGUCUGGAGUAUUGUUGGCAACCAUUGCCCGCGCCCCAUACAUGAAGCUCCUCGUUUCCAGUACCGACUUCACUCAGACAAUGGCUGAGAUAGGUGUGGUAUCAGCACUGGAGCUGAAUUUGGGCAUCGUCUGCAACAACCUCAUGCGUAUGAAGCCGUUCAUCAGCCGGUACUUCCCAAAUCUCUUCAUCAAGCUCGGAUUGUCAACAAGAAAUCUAUCGAACAUUCAUGAGCAAAUGUCACCCAUUAACGUGGAAGUAGAUAGGUCUUCUCACAGUUCCAAGAUGCCAAACGUAGAGACGGAGAUGGUCGAGGGGGCUCAUCAGGAGUUUUAUGGGAUAGAUACGGAAAGCAGAUCCUUGGAGCUUGAUAAUAGGAGCACGAAGAGCAUAUUAGGAUAG